AUGCAGAUAUUUACAUCAUAAAUAUUGGAAAAUGAUUACUCAUUCAAUUGUUUGAAACACAACUCUCACUUCACUAUGGUAGUUACGGAGUAGAAUUUUAAGAGUGAAGACAGAUUACAAUGUGCCAAUUGUUGGAACAGCAAUUAAACAGGUUUGCAUGCAAUACCAUUCCUCACUUUUAUGGAGAGGAUUAAGGAGCAGCAAAAUUCUUUUUGUUAAAACUUAAACAUGAUAAUCCUGAAGAAUUUAUCCAUCAUUGACUAGCUAAAAGUUUCAAUUAAUUCUAUUAAGACUCAGUUGAAUUAAAAAUUGAAGGAUUGCGAGGAGAAGAUUUCACUAUGGAAUUAAUAGUUGAUAGAAUUAGGAGAUAAGAACUCUAAAUAUAGCAUACAUGAUGAAGUUGAAAGGUUUAUAUAAAAUGAAAGCAAGGUGGAUUACCUAUUAGGAUUAACAAGAGCGAUAAAAGAGUUGAAUUACGAUUAUUCCAAUAAAAUCUAACUCUAAUUGAAUAAUGUGAUGGACUCCACAUAAUACAGAAAUUGCUAAUAAUAUUUGCUUGAUAUAAAUCAAAUGGAUUCAGAUGAUAUAAUAGAGAGUGGUACCCUAAUCCAAAGCAACAUCAAAGUAUUUUGUAUUUCAAUAAAAGAAUGAUGUAAGGAAGAAACCUUUAUGCCAAGUCCAUAAUUAAGAAAUUAUUUACGUCGAUUCAGAUAAAGAUAUAGAUGUAGAACUAAGAACAUCUUGCCUAAAGUGUAAUAGAAGAAAUGGAGAUAACCUUGAUGAUUUUCUAAAGAAAUGGGAAAGCUAUAGUUAAGAAGGUAAAAGGUAUCUAAGGGAUUAAUUCUAAAAGUUAAAAUUUUAGGUAGAAAGAUAAAACAAUGAAUUGAUUUCCAUUAGAACAGAACUAUGUCAAAUUAUUGAUAAAAAAAUCAAAUAAAAUAAUGAAAUGUUAAAGACUAGUUAUGAUAAGUAAUUCCAAUCUAUUUAGGAGUUGAACUAUUAAUUAAAUCAUUAAGGAUUAAAAGAAAGUGCUCUAAAGCUGAGUAAGUAAGAGAGUGUAGAGUUUUGUGUGUAAAACAUUAAUGAGGAUUAUCAGGUUUUAACUUCUAAAAUUAAUCGCAUACUCCACAGAUUAGACUAGACAUAAAAGGUGACUCUGUAAGAUUUUAAAGCGAUAAAACUUGAGGAGAUUACAAGUUUUUCUUAAAACAACAAUCCAAAAGAAGCUGCCGAUUAAUCAUGCUUUGCAGUAGCUUUUAAUAAAUCUGAUUAAAUAAUGAUCUCUGGUUCAGGAUCUAGCAUUAAAACAUGGUUAUUCAAUAAUGGAUAAUUGGUGGAAAUAGAUACGUUUGAAGCACACGAUGAUAAUAUCUCAUGUUUAGUUUUUAGCCAACAUUCAAAUUCUUUUAUAUCAGGAUCCAUGGAUUUUACAAUUAAAAUUUGGAAGGAGAAGAGUCUACUUAAAUGGGAGAGUUCGCAGGCUUUUUUGGAACACACUGAUUUUAUCAGUUGUCUGAUCUUGAGUUAGAACGAGGAUUUUCUAUUCUCGGGGAGUUAUGAUAGAACAAUUAGAGUGUGGAAAUUGGAUUUUAGAGUAAAUUCAUUAUAGUAAGUUUAAUGUUUGGAAAGUCACACUAACCUAGUCUUUUGUUUGAGUAUAAAUAGUUCGGAAUCUUAAUUGGUUUCUUGUGGAUAGGAUUAAUAAAUUAUACUUUGGGAGAAAGGAAAUGGAAAUCAAUGGAAUUUCAAACAGAAGGUUGAGUAAUCUAUUUAAGAUUUAGGAUUUAGGAUAUAAUUUAUUAGCGAUACUUAAUUUAUUUGGAUUAAUAAGGGAAGUAAAGGUUGUUUAUGUUUUUUUGAACUUGAGAAUGGAUUGUUUAUUGAAAAAUAGAAUAAAUAAAUCAAUUUGGGUGAGGAUGAUUGUGAGGAUAAGGAUUUCUUUCCAAUAUAGUAUAAUAACCAGAGGAAUGUGGUGGUUAUUAAGCAUAGGAAAUCUAUAUAUAUAUAUAAAAAAGAAGAGGAUAAUAAUAUCACUCUUCUAUCAAAUAUACAAAUAUUUGAUAAUCCAGAGUUUUAUGGACAACUUACAAAUGAUGGAAAAUAUCUGGUUGCUACUUAUAAAGUUCAAACCAAGAAUUAAUCAUAAUUUAUAACCAUGCAAUUGAAUUAUUAUUGA